AUUAAUUUGAGAAAAAGAACCAAGUUCCCGGCUUGUUCGAGUGUUAAACGAACGCUUAUCUUCACGUUGGAACCAUUGUUCCAACAUAUGUUCCUUCUCGAUCUUUUAUGGAGUUGGCUUUAGACCAAAUUAGUUUAUUAGUUCACUCAAGGCUGUUUGCCCAUGUACAGAUGGAAUGAAUAGAAGGUCUUCUUCAAUAAAUUGGGAAUAAUUAAUUCCGUAAGUUCCUUACAUUUUCUAUUCAUCAACAAAGCUAAAAUAUUCAAAUCUUAGUUUCUUUGGCUUCAGAUUGAGGGGGGACUUAGGCGGAUGGUGAUUCUCUGUUUCUUUGGCUUCGGAUUGUGUGUACGGUGGCGACAGAGCUUUUCCACGGAGCCUCAAGGAUUCCAACGAUUCCAACAGGACAUACGGAGUGAGGGGACGACGCAGACGGAGGGCGAUUCUCUGUUUAUUUUGCUUCAAAUCGUGUGGUACGGUGGCGGCAGAGCUGUUCGACGGACAUAGUGGGCCGGUGAGGACGAGGGUUUCGUGCGUUUUUUUUUUACCGAAUAAAUGCAUGAGGAAGACGGUGAUGGACCAAGUGGAGGCGCGUAUGGUAGAGACAGGAGAUUGGAUCGAUCGUCUACGGAAGUGCUUUUCAGUUUUGAUAGCGAGCCGGACCGGGGAAAAUGAUACUUGUACGGUGGGGAAAUCGAACGUUCAUUAUUCCGUCCGUUUUAGUGACCGGUUUGAGCUAGCUGGGUUAAUGUCCAUUGGGCUUGGGCAGUUGGGCCGACCUAUAAUACACUCAAGAAGCCACGUCAGUUUUACCAUUGUCAAGGUGGACCAAUGAAAAUUAGCGGCACCGGUGCCGCACUUUUAAUAGCGGCACCAUAGUAUUGGCCUUUAAAGAGAUUCCACUUGAGGAAUGGGUUAAAAGAUACAUUGCAGCUCUAAGCGCAUCUCACGGAAGGCUGUAAACGUCUUUCUACCUUUUCUACUUCUAUGAUAUUCCACCGAGGCCAGAAGGAAGCCUACUGAGGUUGGGCUCUUUUGUUUUUGCAUAAUCCUCUUUCUAUUUUUAGUUUAAAGUUAUACCAUUUUAUUUUUAUGUAUUUAUUAUUUAUUGCUGAUAAGAAGAAAAAUAUUAACGUAAUUUGUUAAUGCUAUAGUCACCCUAGCUAAACUCUAAGUGAAACUUAUAUAGAGUAAUUGUAAAAAAUAACUUAUAUAUGGAGUAGAUUAAAUAUAUAUAUUCCGUUGGCUAACAAAAAGGCAACAUCUAAGUUAUACAUGUUAACCUUCACAUCACAUUUUUUUUUAUAACCUUCACCUUCACAUCACAUUUAUCGACUUGAACAAUCACAAAGUCGGCCAUUUGAUACUCUGAUAGACCUAUAUCGGUCAUAUAUAAAGUACAGGGCUACAAAUUUCUAUUUGUAUAAAAAUGUUACAUUAAAGCGGUCAACCUAAAGAGGAAUGCAAUUGAUAGUUAUAAAUAAGCGACACAAACCAUAUCACAUAUCAUAACUAUACUGAUCGAUCAAAAAUUUUCAUUAGAUUCCAAAUAAAUUUUAUUUGGAGUUUGACCAAAUCAUCAUAGGCAUACCCCAACCGAAAAUAUAAAAAUUGUUUUGACCCCGUUCAAAUUAAAUUUAAAAGUUGAAGUUAUUAAUUAGAGAACCAUUCAUCUAUGCUUGUAACAUAUGGUAAAAACUAAAACAGUUAGAAAAAAGUCUUAGGAAGUUUUUUUUUUGUUGAGACAAAAUGGUGUUUCGCAUUUGUAAAUAUAUUACCACUAAGUUCUUGCUUUCGAUUAUAUGUAGGACAAGAAGAGUCUUUAAAGAGGUAAUAUCUACUCGAGUAAAAUUAUAUUUCAUAUUUGCAAAAAGUUUAGCUUUAAAUUCUACCUUCAAUGAAAUUUAGGAAUUUAGGAGAAGAAGGAAGAGAAUGUCCAAAUGCAAGAGAAGAAGGAAGAUAUUGCUAAUUGUGAAAAUAGAGGUGCCAUGAAUAGAGAAGGUGUUGUUAUUGGUGAGGAUGAUAAUGUUAAUGGCGAGCAAUCGUGAAAUUCAAAAUAAAAUUUGCAUCCAUUUUUAAUCAACAUGUUAUUUCAUUUGAACAAUUUAGGAGCGGUUCCCUUGCAUGAUAUUUUUUUAACUUUGGGUAAUUGCAUUAGUUGAAUUGGUUAACAUCUCACAAAAAUUUAUGAUACAUGCUCUUUUUUAUUUUUCCAAUAACCAUAUUUGGAAUCCUCCAUGUAUGUAAAUAAAAACAUAUCUUUCUUUGAAUAAUUUCUAUAAUUUUUUAUAUCAUUGAUAAAUUUAUCCUGAAUAAUUUCUAUACUUUUUUAUAUCAUUGAUAAAUUUAUCCGGCCAACGGGCCGGAUCUUAAUCUAGUUUCCCUUGUUUAAGUAUCACCAGAAACAAGAUGCCAACUAGGACGAUGGAGAAGAAUGAUUAUCUCGGUAAUGUCACGUGAAAUUAAAUGCAUGCGCUCUACUGUUGUAAGCUCAGCCACUAAACGGUGUGGCAACUAGAAAGAGAAAGGAGAGUAUACCAUGUUGAGCUUGAACAUAAGGCAAUGACUUCUUGAGCAGAGGUAACAACUGAAAUUCUAUUGUUAAUGAGUCAUUAAUGAAUGAUAAAUAAGAAU